AUGAAAGAGGAGGAGAAACUAAUAAUAGCUGAUAUGAAUGGUAGAGUGGGAAAGAGAAGAGAUAGGUAUGUGGAGAUACACAGAGGCCAUGGGUUUGGAAUUAGAAAUGAAGAUGGGGAUUAUUUGUUGGAGAUGGCUCAGAGUUUUGAAUUAGUUUGUAUGAACACAUGGUUUCAGAAGUUAGAUAAGUACUUGAUAACUUAUGAAAGCGGAGGAGUAUCGAGCCAAAUAGAUUACACCCUGGUUAGAGGAGCCAACAAAAACAAUGUGACAAACUACAAAGUGAUCUUGGGAGAAGCAUGUGUUAAACAGCAUAGGUUGGUGGGGAAGGAUUUUAAAACGAGAGGUAGAAAACCCAAGAAGAGAAAGAGAAGAUCUAAAAUUAAGAUUUGGGACCUUAAAGGAGGAAAGGGGGAGCAAUUUAGGAGGACUGUAAGAGAAAGACGUCUAGAAAGUGGGAACGUAGAAUUUGGACAGGGUAAUAGAAUGGAAAAUAUCAGGGCAGACAUGAGAGAAAUAUGUGUAGGGGAAGCAGAGAAACUGGUGGGGAAGAAUCAGUGGAUGUGGAGUGUCGAGAGGAGAAAAGUGGUGGUGGAAUGGAGAGGUGUAAGAAUCAAUUAA